AGUAACGUCGUCGAACGGCUGCUCAGCGCAAGCAAGGCGGCGGAGGAGAAAGAAGAUAAACGCAGCGAACAAAAACACACACAAUGGCGACGGCGGCGACCACGGCUAGCGGGCCGACCACCGGCCCCGUCGGUGGAGGCGGUGGGACCGCAGUGGUGCGCAAGAAAGACGGUGGCCCAUCCGCCAAAUUCUGGGAGAGUUCCGAAACUGUAUCCCAGCUGGAGACAGUUCGACUGUGGAUCGGGAAGCACUACAAGAAGCACGUCCAGAAUGACUCGCCCACUAGCAAGUCCCUAGCUGGCCUGGUUGUGCAGCUGCUUCAGUUCCAGGAGGACUCUUUCGGACGCAAAGUCAACAAUCCAGCUCUCACCAAGCUGCCGGCCAAAUGCUUCCUGGACAUGAAGGCAGGGGGGUCUCUCUGCCACAUCCUUGGCUCGGUCUAUAAGUUCAAGAGUGAGCAGGGCUGGCGCCGCUUUGACCUGCAAAAUCCUUCCCGCAUGGACAGGAAUGUGGAGAUGUUCUUGAACGUGGAGAAGAACUUGGUGCAGAACAACUGCCUGACUCGACCCACCGUCUUCUUGUCUCCUGAUAUGGAGGCCAAGCAAGCUAGUAAGCUCAAAGACGCCAUUAAAAGGCACCAGGGUUCGAUCACUGAGGACAAGUCCAAGGCCACACACCUCAUUUUUCCGACUGUAUCGCAGCAGGACGAAGAUGAGUGGCUGCGUCCCGUCAUGAGGAAAGACAAGCAGGUGCUGGUUCACUGGGGUCACUACCCAGACAGCUAUGACACCUGGAUGGCAGCUGGCGAGGUGGAUGGCGAUGUGGAGGAGCCACCCAGCGCCGACCGACCGUGGAAGGUCCAUGCCAGAUGGGUUCUGGACACGGACGCCUUCAACGAGUGGAUGAAUGAGGAAGACUACGAGGUGGAUGACAAUAAGAAGCCCGUCAGCUUCCGCCAGAAGAUCUUCCCGAAGGAAGAGGAGUCGUCUUCCCGUACGCCCGAUCGCAAGGAGCGCAAGGCUAACUCCGCCGUCAAGAAGAGGAGGCGCUCUCCCUCCCCUCCCAGCACACCUGCUGAGUCCCGGAAGAAGGGCGGGAAGAAGGGAAGCCAGGGACAUUACUGGAAGCGGCGAGGACAUCGGGGCGAAGAGGAGGACACGGAGGACGACGUCACCAAGGACCUGGACGACUCGUCUGCUGGUGCUAGCAUCGAGGAGGGGAGCAUUUCUAAGAGUGCAUAUUCAAAGAAGGAUUCUGACAGCACACCUCUAAAAGGAGACAGUGGAGCAGACGUGGAUGACAUGGAGGAUGACUCUGUGGUCUCUGGUGGGAAGGAGGAUGAGGACCUGAACAAAGCAGAGAUCGGCCGUCUGAUGGACACGGGUGAGGAUAACGUGACGGAGCAGACGCACCACAUCAUCAUCCCUAGCUACAGCGCCUGGUUCGACUACAACUGCAUUCACGAGAUUGAGAGGAGAGCCCUACCCGAGUUUUUCAAUGGGAAGAACAAGUCUAAAUCUCCAGAGAUAUAUCUGGCCUACCGCAAUUUCAUGAUCGACACUUACCGCCUCAACCCCCAAGAGUACCUCACCUCCACCUCCUGCCGCAGGAACCUGACAGGGGACGUAUGCGCCAUCAUGAGGGUCCACGCCUUCCUUGAGCAGUGGGGCUUGGUGAACUACCAGGUGGACUCAGACAGCAGACCUCUGCCCAUGGGACCCCCGCCCACCCCACAUUUCACCGUGCUGGCCGACACGCCCUCUGGCCUCAUGCCCCUCAAUCACAGACCUCCGGCGGUAAGGUUGCGAAGUGGGAAACAGGUGGAGGCGGUGUGUUGCAGCGUGACUUUUCUUUGCUCGCAUCCUUCAAUGUUGCAGAUUCCACCUUCACAGCAGAUGGCCAAUUUCCCUGACAAGAUGAAAGACAAAGCCAUCGACCUCCAGAAUUUUGGCCUCCGCACCGACCAGUACAAGAAAAACUCAAAGGGUAAAUCAGUGGUGUCCUCUCGAGAAUGGACCGAGCAAGAGACUUUGCUUCUGCUGGAGGCUCUUGAGAUGUUCAAAGAUGACUGGAACAAAGUGUCGGAGCACGUGGGCUCGCGCACACAAGACGAGUGUAUUCUGCACUUCCUGCGCCUCCCCAUCGAGGACCCCUACCUUGAGAGCUCUGAGACUUCGCUAGGGCCGCUGGCCUACCAGCCAAUCCCCUUCAGCCAGUCUGGAAACCCCGUCAUGAGCACAGUCGCCUUCCUGGCUUCUGUGGUGGACCCCAGGGUUGCAUCCGCCGCCGCCAGGGCUGCGCUGGAAGAGUUUUCACGUGUGCGUGAAGAGGUUCCCGCUGAGCUGGUUGAAGCUCACGUGAAGAAGGUGCAGGAGGCAGCCAGGACCACUGGCAAGGUGGACCCUGCCUUUGGACUCGAGAGCAGCGGCAUCGCCGGCACUGCCCCCGAAGAACCUGAGAAGACAGAGGCCACAGAGGGCGACAAGACUGAGACGGACACAGAUUCCCAGCAGGGGGACAAGGCCGAGUCCAAGGAAGAGGCGGAGAAGCCCAAUGAGUCCGCUGAGAAAAGGGCCAAGAUGGAGCCUACCGAGAAGGUGAAGAAGGAGGCCGGGGAGGUGCUGGAGCAAGACGACGAGAGCGAAGAAGGGCACGACGCCAAGGCCACUCCUGCUGACAAAGAUGAAGACGAAUCCAUGGAGACGUCGUCGUCAGAACAAGAGAAGGAUGGGAAAUCCACCACAGAGGAAGGAGAGGAGAAGAGGAAAAAGGUGGAGCACGACAUCGGAGAAGGAAACAUCGCCACAGCCGCCGCCGCCGCGCUGGCCUCCGCUGCCACCAAGGCCAAGCACCUGGCGGCCGUGGAGGAGAGGAAGAUCAAAUCACUCGUGGCUUUGCUGGUGGAGACUCAGAUGAAGAAGCUGGAGAUCAAGCUGAGGCACUUUGAGGAGCUCGAAACCAUCAUGGAUCGCGAGAAGGAGGCUUUGGAGCUUCAGCGUCAGCAGCUAUUGACAGAGCGUCAAGCGUUCCACAUGGAGCAGCUCAAGUACGCCGAGAUGAAGGCUCGGCAGCAGAUGGAGCAGCAGGCGGCGGCGGCGGCGGCUGCCGCUGCCGCCGCUGCUCAGGGCCAGGGCCACGCCCCCGGAGCCGGACACCACCCCGGACCGGCAGGUAUGCAUCCCGGUGGCCCGCCUCCCCACCACGUAGGACCCCAACCUGGCGCUGCCAUGCACCCCGGUUACCCCGCCAUGGGUCACCAUCCCAUGGCGCCCCACCACCCGGGUCAAACAGCUCCCAUAGUCCCAGGUCAGCCACUGCCUGGGCGCAUGUUGGGCGGACCCCCCACUGCCGGACCCCCACCUGGUGGCAUGCCCCCCAUGAUGCCCCCACGCCACCCGGGAGCCCCCAACGGCAUGUACCCAGGCCCAGCGUCUGCGCAGCCUGAAGCCGUGCCCCCACUUCCUGUUGGCCCUCCGGCACCCUCUGGUGGCCGUGCAGCAGACAACUGAGACCCCAUUCCCUACACACACUCACACACACACAAACUUGCAGCCCUUUUCAUAUUGGCCUUAGCGACCCCAUCAAUAACACCAAAAAAAAAAAUUAUUACACACACACACACACACACACACUCAGGGCUGUUCAUUGGUGAGGGUGACACACACACACACUUACACACAUUGUUAAACACGUUUCUGCUGAGUCGGGCCUGAUGUGGGGGGGCUGCUGGCAAACACUGUAAAAAGUUACCACCUCCAACCUGGCGAGCGUCUACCUCGCCUCAAACUUACACUGAAUGUGCGCGUGGUCCUAUCAAACUUAAAAUUUUUGUGUGCGAGAGAGAUUGCGAAGAGGUGCGCGUGAAACUUGGGACGGUGCGAAUGAGGGUGCGCGCGUGUCAAAAAUGAAUUUUAAAGCGGCAAGGUGUCUGGCUGCCGGAGUGUGUGCGUGUUAAAUUUAACACUGAAUGUGUGCGUGUUCACCAUUGCGAGCCUCUCCGACUUUUCUGCGUCUGUCGACCCAAAAAAAGACGACAGAACCAAACAACGAUCUGCAAUUGGCCCAAAACACACGAAACGGAGGUUCACACUGGAGCCGACGCACACGCGACUGUGACGUCUCGCUAUAGCGCCUAAGCCCCGCCCCCUCUCUUUUCCUUCCUACCGCUGCCUACCUCGCUAGCCCCCCCCCCCCCCCCACUCACUUCCCGCGCUUCGGUCGGAUGAGCGUCGUCGGCCUUCACGUCCGGGACGUGUGCCCGUGUAGGUUGACGGUUGAAAGAUGGAAUAAUUUCCCACGCAGAUGUAAAUUGGAUUCAUCUUUUGAAUGUGCGGUCCACACACGCCAACAGACUGAACAGCUCGAACUGUUAGCAUCUCUGCUACCUCCUCUGCCUCCUCCUCCUGGCUCGCUACCUCUUCUAGAACCUUCCUCUGGCUUCUCUUGUAGAACCUUCAGCCUCUUAGCCUCCUGCUACCUCUGCUCCCCAGAUUUCUUUUUUUUUUUUUUCAAUUUCUUUUUUUUUUUUUUUUAAUUUUCCCCGUGACCUCACGCCACGCCGUCGCAGGCUUGUUCCACCACUGUUGCGUACAUGAUCUAUAAUGGCUACUACUACUUGUAUUUUUAAAGGAGUUCUUUUUGUCGUUGUUGUUGUUAUUGUGUGUGUAGAUUCUCUUUUGUGUUCUUUGUAGCAUUUCCUUUUGAUUUUUGUACCCGGUCCGUGUGCUACGUGGACCGACACAUGGCCAAUAAAAUGUUUUUCUAAA